GCGAAUAUAAAGUCCAUCCGACGCGCUGGCAUGGCCUUACUGUCGCCAUGGCCAGGACCCCGACCACCCUCCUCGUGCUGGGCGCGCUGGCGGCGCUCGCCGCCUCGGCUGUGGCUCUGCCCAUGCCGGAGCCGCAGCCGGAGCCGCAGCCGGAGCCGCAGCCGGAUCCCAAGUUCCACAUCCACAUCCCCCACCCGCACAUCCACAUCCACAUCAACCUCAAGGCCCCCAAGCUCCUCAAGCUGGAGCGGUGCGUCAAGCAGCAGCUCCCCAGGCUCCCCCACGCCGUGGGCGGCGCCCUGCUGGGCUGCGUGCCCUCCGCCCUCGGAGGGGCCGGGCCCUUCGGCGUCUGCGUGGCCGGCAAGGGGGUCAUGUCGGCGGCCAGGGCCACCUCACACAUCGCGGUCUGCAUGGGCUAGAAUAAUUAGACGGCGUCUGGAAUAUUAUGUCCGUCUUUGCGUGUAAUUAUUUUAAUUCGACGCUUAACCCAACGCGAAAACCCUUGCCGAUGGAUGGACUACCACUUCCUUGAGCGCCGCAAUCGCACCUUCAGACCGUUUUCUAUCCACAACCUUUCCCGAUUUUUUUUUCUGAAAUUACUGUCCAAAAAGCUCCAAUUGCGCAUUGCAAUGCUAUCCAUAACAAGAGGGCAGACAUGUCUGAAACUGGAACACGCUUUAGCACAUCUCGUGUCUCCUGGAGUAAAGGAAUCCCAUGCGUAGACCGAAAAUAUUAUGCGAGGAGCUAACGGAACUAUAUUGUAUUCCUUGUAUGUGCUGGCUGAAUAUCUCCGUGAUUGCAAUUAUAAAUUACAAUCUUACGA